AUGGGGACAGACAGAGGCAUCCCAGGAGAUGCCACCUACCCCCAUGUGCCCCUCUCAGGUGCCUUCCUGGUGCACGUGGCCAGCUCCUGCCCACUGGCGGCCAACGGCUCCGUGCUGGAUUUUGACUUCACUCUCGUCUUCAACAAGAACCCGCUGGUGUGCUAUGACCCCGAUUCACCACCCCAAGCCCGCAUCAUCGCCUCCAAGAUGGCCAACACUCGGGCAUCCGUCCUCCUCACCUGCCACGUCUGGGGCUUCUACCCCCCCGAGGUGACCGUCAUCUGGCUGCACAACGGGGACAUCGUGGGGCCUGGUGACCCCCCCCCCAUCUCCGCCAUCCCCAAUGGUGACUGGACCUACCAGACACAGGUGACCUUGAUGGUGGCCCCGGUGGCCGGGGACACCUUCACGUGCUCGGUGCAACACGCCAGCCUGGACCAACCCCUCCUGGAGGACUGGGGUCCUGGUUUGUCCCCAGGGUUGACGUUGAAGGUGGCCGCGGCCACCGUGAUGAUGGCGUUGGGGCUCGGGUUCUUCAUCGCCGGUGUCUACCACUACCGGGCCAGGCCAGCGGCACUGGGUUACACUCCUCUCCCUGGAGACAACUACCCUGCAGGCAAGCUGCGCGCACUCCGUCCAGUGUGUGUCCUGGUGGUGCUGGCUGUGCUGGUGGCUCUGGUGCUGGCUCUGGCGGAGUUUGUCUUGCGCCUCAAGGGCUACGUUGAUUACUGGAUUGGGCUGCAGAGACGGGGCGAGCGCCUGGAGUGGGUGGAUGGCAGCAGCUUCAACCAGACGAUCCCGGUGAAGGGCCAGGAAUCUUGUCUGUUCCUGAAUGACCGUGAUCUCAUGAGUGCAAGUUGCGCACAGCCACGGCCGUACAUCUGCAGCAAGCCCCAAGCGCUGAUGGGACCCGGGUGA